AUGAUAUUGCCUUUUGAAUACUAUUUUUUAAAUGACGCUGAUAACAGCAGCAAAAGCAACUAUAACAAUAUAUAAUUUAUUAAUGAAAAUUAGAAUAAUAAUUUAAGACAAAAGCCUAAAUUUUAUCCAAACAACCAAUUUUUAAUUGAGCAAGAAUAGGAUAAAUAUGAGAAUAAAAAGAUUAAAAAUUACAUUUCAGAUUAAAUUCAGUUACAACCUAAGAAUACGCCAAUUAAUAAAAUGAAUCAUUUUGCAAAUAUAAACAAUUAUUAAGACAAUAAAUUUUCUUUAGAAUCUUUAAAUUAAGCUUAGUAAGAUAAUCUUUAGAAAGAAGAAGAUUUAUCCAUUCUUUCUUUUGAUUCCUAAGAAGAAUUAAAUUAUUUAUAGGAAGGCGAAGAAAAUAAUUAGUUUUUAAAUGAAGGAGAUAUUUUUGGCUAUUAAACUCGAUACACAUUUUUUGAAAAUAGAAAUAAUUUAUUAGUAGAGGAUGCAACAAACAAAAACAACAACAACUACAACUACAACUACAACAACAACAAUAGUAGCACUUAAAGAAAUUACGAUUUUAAUUAUUAGAACACUAAUGAAAUGCUUUAAAAAAAGAAGAAAAGUAAUUUUUAAAAUAAAAGUCAAAGUUAAUUAAAUAAUCAUAAAAAUGAAGAAAAAAAACCUAGUUAGUAGAGAAAGGAGCAGUUAAUGAAAAGAUUUGAAAGUUUGUCUAGAAUUUACAAUAAGGAACUAUCAUAAACUGUCACUAAUGGAUGGCUAAAACCUUCUUAAGCUAAAACAAUAAGUUAGGAUAACAAUUUAGGGAGUUCUGCUGCUAAGAGUAGCAAGGUUUUUUACUAAUAAUAGAAACCUUUUUCUGCUUAAAUUACAAAUUCAUCUCUUAAAUAUGCAGCUGCUUCUAAUGGUUUUCAAAAUUUAGAUUUUUCGUAUAAAUAAAAACAGUAACUUAUUUAACAAGAAACUAAAAAUAAGAUCAAGGAAUAAUAAAAUGUAGAAUCCAAUAAUAGAAUAAGCAUGAAACCUCCUAAGUCUGCAAAUUUAAAUAGCUAUAAAAAUAUUUCUAAUCUAAAAAACUUCAAAGAAAUCAUUUUAACGAGACCAAAUAGUAAAUAGGUCAAAUUUUAGCAACAAAAUUCUGUUAAUUCUCAGCCUUCUUCUUUGGUUUCCUAACCUCUAAAAAUUUAAAGUAUAGAAAAAAAUAAUUUAAAUAGCAACUUAAAUGAUUAAAAUUUUUAUGAUGAUUUUGCUGAGUUAGGCUCAACUGAAACUACUGGCUUUUCUUUUUAGAAUGUUUUUUAGUUGGCAGGUGUUCCUAAAGAUUUUAUAGCUUCUCCUAGAAGUCCUGUACAAGAAUUAAACCAAAAAUAAGAAAACAGGGAAAAUGAACUAGAUCAAAUGUUAAAUGAUCAUCAUAUUUAUGUUGCAAGUUCUGUUACAAAUUAAAAUUAAAUAAAAAAUGAGCAAACAGAAAGGAAACCAAAUAUGUUUGGUAAAACUCUGACAACUUUGGCUCGGCCCUUUUCAAAAGAAUAUUCAAACAGAAAGGAUAUUCUUAAAAGUGCUUAGUAGAACGUAAGGUUCAACAAAAAUUUAGAUUAUCUUGAUAGUCAAAAUAAAGUUGUAGCCAAAAACAAAAAAAGAACAAUUUUUAAAAUAAAUUAAAAUAAUCUGUAAGGAAAUCAAAAAGAUUUAUAGUCAAAUCAAACUUCUUCAGUGAUCUCAUAAUAAAAUUCGAUUCAGUAAUAUGGUGAUGAUAAUUAUCAAUAAAAUUAAGUUUUAAAUGAUGAUCAAAGCCCUUUGAUUAAAUAAAAUUCGAUUGAUUUAAAUGCAGCUGAAAUAAUUUAAAAUGAUGAAAACGAAAAUACUUAAAAGGAAAAUGUGCUCUAAUAAAAAAAAAAUUAAUCCAAUUAAAUUGUAACAAGUUAACAGCAAAGCAAUAACUAUUUUAAAUAAGAAACCACUACUAAUACAUCAAAUUUUUCUACCACAAGCAAUAGAAUUAUUUCUUUAUAAGCUUUAAGAUAAAAAAAUAAUUCUACUGUUAAAAAUUCUGACAACAAUAAUCAAAAUCAAACUAAUCCUUAAAAUUAAAACACUAAUUUAAAAGAGAACAAUGAUAAAUAAAAUUUAAAAAAAACUAAAAUAUAAUCAGCAAGUGCAAAUUAAGCUGGAUAAUCAAAUAAUUAAUUACAAAAAACAUUUUUUAUCAACUCAUAAGAUGAAUAUGUCAGAAGGACACUUCUUAGAAUGGGCUGGAAAGAAAAUAAACUUCUUUUAAAUAAUAAUUUUGAUUUAAAAUGGAUUUAUAUAGAUUCAAAUGAUGACUACAAGUUUUUAAAUGAUAACUAAUUUUACAACCACUUUAAAAAUAACACUGAGCUUACAUAAAAGGGAAGACUGCUCUACAACUUGAAAAAUAACACACAAUUUGGUGUAAAUUAGGAAUUAUUUUUUCCAAGGUGCUACGAUCUUGGAAAUGAUCAGGAAAGAGGAGAAUUUUCUAAUGAAUUUAAUAGAAUGAAUGUGAUGAAUCUGUUGAAAAAGCACAUACAAUAUAUAAAGCUAAGAAGAAGUCAAACGUAUUAGGAAAUCAAGCAAGCUUAUUAAUAGAAGCAAGCCAAUAAAUUAAAUGCUUAAGUAAAAGAUGGGAUAUUCUUUGCAAAAGUAACGAAAUAGAAGUUCUUUAGUCCUUUAAUGUACGAAGAUACGAAGAGAGAUAACAGAUUUAUUUUUAACAUUACUGUGAUAGCUGAAGCUGUGGAGAUACUCAAAAAAUUAAAAAGAUAGUAAGAGGAAUAUAUAGAUGAAACAAGAUAAUCAAGAGAUUGCUAAUUAUAUAUUUACUAAACAAAUUUUAAAUUGGAGUCUAUGAUUUCUCAGUAUGUUAAAAUUAAUGUACCUUUCGAUGAAGAAAAGUUUGUAUUUGAAAAGAUCGUGGGUAUGUCAAAAGAACAUUGGUCAUCUCCAUCUAUGAAACUUAUGAAAAAGCUUUACUCAUUGUAUAAAUAUUUCAAAGAUGCUGACCCAUAAUUUAAAGUUUCUGGAACAAAAAAUAUUUGGAUAAUUAAACCAUCUGCUAAUUCAAGAGGAUCUGGGAUAUAUUUAGUAGAUAAAUUAGACGAAGCUAUUGACAGUGGUUUAAAAAUGUAGGCGAGAAUAGUUUAAAAGUAUAUUGAGAGGCCUUUAAUAUUUCAAGGAGCAAAAUAUAAGAAACUGAACAAUAAAAAAUUUGACAUCCGAUAAUGGGUCUUGGUAACAAGCUUUAAGCCUCUCAAAAUUUAUUUUUUUACAAGCAGCUAUUUAAGAGUGUGCAGCUAAUCUUUUGAUUUGGACAAUAUUAAGAUUCUUUCUAAGCACUUAACAAAUUUCAGUUUAAAUAAAAAUAGUCUAGCCAAAGAAAACUGGGAUGAGACUGUAGUUGAGCUAAAAGAUUUCAUUAGUUAUUUGAAGGAGUUUAAAAAUAUAGAUUAUCAGGAAGAUGUAAAGCCUAAAAUAAAGGAUUUAGUUAUAGAAACAAUUAAAUGUGCAGCAGACAAAAUUGUCAACAGAAAAAAAAGCUUUGAGUUAUAUGGCUUUGAUAUUUUGUUAGACGAGUAUGCUCAUCCUUGGUUGCUUGAAGUAAAUUUAAGUCCAGCUUGUUCAGAAAGAAGCUCGUUUUUGACUGAAAUGCUUGAUGCGAUGGCAUACAAGAUGUUCUAAAUUGUUUUUAAAUAAAACAACUUAUAAGAAGACUUAGAAAUCAAUAAAGAAACUGCAAUUUCUACUGCACCUGCUUCUUGCCAAAAUCCAGAUUAUGAUUGGGAAGAAAUUUAUAAUGAAGAGUAAAAAGAAUAUUUUUGUGAAGAAGAUAAUAAUAUGCAAUUAGCCUUUAAUAAUGAUAUCCAACUUAUGGUUAUAGGGUAAAAAGCAGAUUUAAAAAAGGAAAAAAAUCUUGAUAAAAAAUACUUCUAAUAUUGGGGAGCGAUUAAAAUUCAAUCAAAGAUUAGAUCAUUUUUAGCCAAAAAGAAGCUAUAAAGAUUGAAAAAUUAAAAGUUUACAUUUGCAGCCAUUAAAAUUUAGUAAAAGAUGAGACAAUUUUUAGCUAAAAAGCAGUUAAAUAUUUUGAAAAAGCAAUAAUAAACAAAUAUAAAUAUUCCAAUAGAAGAUUUUAACUAAGUUAGUGUUAUUGAAGUAUGA